AUGUCGGACUACUCAAAGAUGAAGAACGACGAGCUGUCGGCGCUCCUCAAAGAGCGCAAGCUACCUCACACUGGCAAAAAGGCAGAGAUGGUUGAGCGCCUACAGAAGGACGACACCGAGAAGGCUGGCGCGAAGCCUGCUGCUGGUGCCGAAGACGAGAUUGACUGGGAUGACGAUGCUGAUGAUGCUGCCGCUGCUCCACCAGCUGCUGCGACCACGGCACAAGAAGAGACCGUCAUUCCUAACGCAGAGACUGUCGCGAACGCCGGAGGUGAAGGCCAACCACUGAACCCGCAAGCCGUACCUAACCAAGUCGCCGAUAUUGACCCUGCGCAAACCGACGACCUGACCACCGAGCCGCCCGCGGAAGGCGCCGCAGGAGCCAGCGCUGAGCCUAAGCCAGAAGAGAAGAAGGAGCCCACUCCCGAUUACUCAAGAGGCCUCGCUGCCACUAACCUCGAUGACGAGAUUGAAAAGCGCAAGAAGCGCGCGCUGAAGUUCGGUACAAAGUUUGAGGACGACGAGGGUCUCAAGAAGCUGGAGCGCGCCAAGAAGUUUGGAGAGGCUGGGCCUCCCAAGGGUCUCGACGAGGCUCUCCCAGAACGCCGCGAGAAGCGCCGACGAGAGGGUGCCGGUGAGGAUGCUGGUAGCAACAAGCGCCGCGAAGGAGGACGCGAAGGAGGACGCCAGGGCGGACGCGAGGGUGGACGUGAAGGAGGCCGUUCUGGAGGUCGUGGAGGACGUCGGGAUGACAACAGGAACCGCAGCAGGGACAACCGCCCUCGCGAGAACAAGACUAGCGGUGGUGGUGGUGGCGCCGGCGGCAGCUGGAUGAGCGAAAAGGACAGGGCAGCCGCUGAGGCUAGGAAGGCCAAGUUUGCGAAGCCUACGGCUUGA